AGCGGCAGAUAACGAGUAUACCGCCUAUCUACAGUCUCGAGCGCAACCUUGAACAAGGUAACAAGGUAAGAACCAGACGGAGGUGAUGAUAAUUAACAACAAAGGUGGUGAUGUGACAAAAGGACAAAAACCAUGGCUGACAACUUUAAUGAGUCACCAAAAAACUGGACAGAAUCUCAAGUAAGCACAUGGCUAAGAUCAAUCGGAGUGAAGGAACCGUACGUAGAAAAGCUCAGUGAAGAAGAAGUAGAUGGACAAGUUCUCCUAACAUUGGAUGAGGACUUCCUAAAAUCAAAGAUUUGCAUGAAAUCUGGGCCUGCUCAUUUGAUUAUUCAAAAACGAGAUGAGCUCAUCAACUCAAAGCAAAGAGUCCAGGAGAAGAAAAAGGCCACCACUGGCAAAACGAAUGAGUUGGAGAAAAAUAAUCAGAAGUCAGCUCAGUGUCUUUCUACAGUAACUGAAGGUCCAUCAGUGCAAAGUCCAGUGAAAGGUCGAGAUGUCUGUGAGGAGAAACAACCUGCUCACGAUGACUGCAAACCACGACCAUUCGAUCAAGAAGGGAUUGAUUUCAUUUAUAUAAAGCACAAUGUUCUACAACCUGAGUCAGGUGCUUUUAAUUUGAUAUCUCCAUGCCAUGAAUAUAAGUCUUUUGCUAUAGCCGCUGCAUUGGACCACACUAGACUCCAAGUUAAGUUUGCCAGAGAGGUUCUUAAGUUUGCAGCUGGCUGCAUGAAUAUCAGAUCAAAUGGCACAAUACACUUUGGAGUGAUGGACAGCAAGGGUGAUGCAGGAUAUGUGCAUGGGGAGGUAAUCGGGAUCCCUGUAGAAGAGAAGGACAUUUAUGUCGAUGCUUUGGACUACAUUGAACGGAGUUUCUCCUCCGACAAGGAACAUGUACGUCAGUGUGUGAGACCACCGAGGUUCAUUGAGGUCAUGGACAGGAAAAGUACAGAAAAGACAUUUGUGAUCGAGGUUGACAUUGUGCCUUUGAUAAACAUCGUUAAGAACAAAGUGUACGCAGUACGGCUGCCAAACUUCAAAGAGUCAACUAACAAGAUAGAAUUUGAGAAAGAAACGAUUCUGAGAAGAGUGGGUUCCAAAACAGAGCCAGUGAUCGACAAAGACUUGAGUGAGUUUUACCAGAGGGUCAAAGAUCGGGAUGCUCAAAGAGAAGAAGCUGAGAAAAGUCAGUUCCUCUGUGCUCCUGAGAACUGUCAAGACCUUGGAAGAAAACUCACAAUGCUAAUGACCAGUGGAAAGAAAUUCAUCGAAAAGGAAAAAUGGUUCAUACUGGUCACAAACAAAAUCAAACCCGAUGACCUUUGCAACAUUGAUUGGCUACUUAACACAAACUUGUUCUGUGUGUUUGACUUUGAUCCGGAUUCAAAGGUAUCAGGCCUUUGCAGUACAUAUGUUCAGCAUCAUGCUGCAAACAUGCAUUUUUUGCAGAGCUAUAGGAUAUCCAGUGGCAUGAGCAUCAAAGAAUUCACAGCUAACUUGCAUCUGUUCGAUCAGACUAGUUGGAUCUUUUGUAAUGGCCGUUCUGACUUCAAAGGAAAUGAAACUCCAUGUGAUGAAAUGACUUGGAUCAAGACAAAAAUGACUUUGCUUCGGGAAUCUGUGUCUUUGAUAUGUAAGCAAAUCUUGCCAAAAGGAACAUUCCAGGUCAUUUUCCUUCUCACAUCACCAGUUGAGAAACCACUCUUGCACACCUUUUAUGAGUUUUUCACAGACAUGGAAGGCCAUGAAGACAUCAUCUGCAUCUGUGAAUCAGAGACAAACUUCCAGAAAUGGCAAAGCUUUGCAGAGGGUUCAUGUGGCAAAGAAUCAGUAAAUAACUGCAGCGUUGUUGGGAUGAAAAUGAGUCACAUUAAUUCAACUCUGCAGCGUGUGCAACAUGCAAAAAUAUGUGCCAAACACUUACCAGUCUUUGUAAAAGGGACGUGCCUUCUUGAAACACAUGUAGAGGAACAAAUGUGCUCUCUGGAAAUACUGACAGUUGAUCAUUGUGAUGAAACAAGCAAAGAUGUCAUUGAUGAGGAGAAAGAAAAGAUUGAGCAGCAUUUCUACCAAGGUGGGAGAGUGACCUGGUUGAAUUUCUGGCUGGCUGAGCACAAGUAUGUUGGAAAGGUCAUUGAAAGAGAUGCUUAUCAUGAUGCUUCUCAACUCCUUAACGAUGCCUUGAAACAUAAUGCUGACCAGAUUCCGGUGCAUAGGAUAAACAUCUAUCAUCACCCAGGAAGUGGUGGAAGCACUGUGGCAAGACAGGUGCUAUGGAACAACAGGAAAGAUCUAAGGUGUGCAGUUGUGAAGCCUUCAUACUCAGUUGCUGUUGUUGCACAACAUGCAAUUCAACUAAGAGAAUAUGAAGAAAAAGAUCAUCAGAGAUGUCUUCCUGUCCUGCUCCUCAUGGAAGACUCAGACAAAGAAUAUCUAGAAGAUCUAAGAAAUGAACUAGAGGUUGCCAUUAACAUCAAACAAAUCCAGAUCGGAACACUAUGUUUCAUUUUGUUGAGUUGCAGACGUUCCCACGAUCCAGAGAGGAAAUGCAAAGAGUCUCCGUUGCAGAAUGUAUCUGUCACUCACAAACUGUCCGCUCAAGAGAAGAGAAGUUUUGCUGGAAAACGACAGGUACUUGAGGAACGAUACGAGCCUGAAUUUAUCCUGACAUUUGUUUUGAUGAGUGAAGGGUUCAACGUGGAUUAUGUUCGGCAGUUUGUGAAACACUUGCUUCAAGACAUUGAGCGUCGCUCUGUUACCACUCGCCUCAUUCAUUAUGUGGCAUUGCUCAACACAUAUGUUCAAAACUCUUUCAUCUCUCAGUCCCAUUGUGAAGCUUUGCUUGCCUUAACCAUUCACUUGGAGAAGGUUCACAAGCAGGUAUUUGAGAGAUCCCUCAGUGAUCAGGCUAAACUUGUCUUCUUGCAUCUUAAAGAUGAUAGGACGCACAUCGACUCAGUCAGAAUCAUCCAUCCACUUGUUGCAAAAGAAAUUCUACAACAACUUAUGGGUCCCCGACAGACCCAUAGCAGUCUGGCAAUGGAUUUGCUCUGCCAGGAUGUUCUUUUUGAGCACAGAUUUGGAAGAGAUGACUAUCUGUCGUUUUUGAGACAACUUUUCAUAAGGCGAUCCAGAAUAAGCAAAGGAGACAAAUAUGACAGUCUUUUCUCUCCUCUGAUUGAGCAUGUUCGUGAUAACGAGGAAAGCCCAGACAAAGCAAUUGAGUUACUCAAGGAAGCGUUCCAGCGUUUCCAUCAAGAUCCAUUCUUUGCACAGCAGCUUGCGCGUCUUCAUUAUACUUACGAAAAGUUUGAAGAUGCAAAACUCUGGGCAGAGACAGCAGUGAAGCUGCUACCCAACAACUCAUACAUACUUGACACAAAAGGGCAGGUGUACAGAAAAUGGUUCCAAGCGAAAUGCAAAGCGUUUGAUCAUGAUAAUAUCUCAAAGACAGCCCAAACUACAGCGGAUGCUGUGGAAACUGCACUGAAAGCCCUUGAGUGUUUUCAAGAAUGUGAGAGAGCAGCUGAAGCUGAAAUGGAAAAUGUUAACUGUUCAGGAUUUUUUUCUGAAGUUGAAGUUGGGUGCAGCUUGCUCAAACUGAUCUCUUCAUUGCAAGUGUUUGCAAAAGGAACCAGUGGCCAUUCAGAAUGCAUGAAGUACCUGCUAACAAACUACAUUCCAGAGGAAAUUGAAGAUGUGUGGGAACCGUUCCAUGGCCGUCUGAAAAAACUUCAUAAGACAAUGCAAGAUGCCUUGGAAUGGAUCUCAGAAGACCUCAGUUACUUUCAGACAGACAUUGAUGCAGAUGAAGAAGAGACUCCUGAAAGUCCUGAAGAGAAGAUAGGUCAUCCAUUGACAUGGUUGGCAAAGAAAUUUUCGGACUAUGGAAAGUACUUUGGUGAAGCCCAUUCUAGUCUUCUACGUCGUGGGCAACCAGUCCCAGCCAAUCUUACUCCUUUCCAAAAACGCAUGAUCAUCUAUAAUCUUGGUGGAGGUAACAUAACAUCCAUCUUCUCCAAGUUAACUGACCAAAAGGAUGCAGUACGUCUACUGGAGAAGAUCCUUUCGCUCUAUCCCAGCAAUCCAAUAAAGGCCAGAUUUGGUCAACGGGAUAUUGUCAAUUACAUAGUGGCCCACAUCUCUCUGAAUUGCCUGUCACCACAAAAUCUAAAGGUAGCUCCACUGAAAGAGCUACAGACACUUGGCCAUCAGUUUCCAUCUGAUAAAAGGAAAUGUUUGCCAAGUGCUUUGUUCCUGCUUACCCUGCUAUUCUGGCCAGAAGAUCAUGACACAGACCAGGAAAAAGAAACCAAAUAUGAAAUUGUCCAGUCUGCUGUUGAACACUUGGAUAAAGGCUACUGGACCAAGAUGAAAGACAUUCCUCAGCGGAAAAGAAGGAUUUACACCCAUUUCUUUCUUGGAAAUGGGAACGGAUUGGAUAAAUUUGUCCACAAGAGAAAGUUUGAAAAAGUCACAAAGGGGUUUUCUGUCUCUGAGAAACGCAUGAAGUGGUUUAGUGGUGAGGCAUGGAAAAUGCCUGAGAUUGCAGAGAUGCUCAAACUUGUGUCAGGAUGGACUGAAGACAGAGUGGUGUACCUCGAAGGUCCACAGAAGAAGAAGUUCAGCAUCCUGCCUCUCUAUGUUCCCUCAGUGCCUCACAGUAACGAAAAUGUGUCCUUCUACUUGGGGUUCACCUUUAGAGGUCCUGUUGCCUGCAACAUCGUUGUGAAAAAGUAGUCCACCUUUGAACCAUGACUGAAUUUGCUGAAGUGAGGGCCUAGUGCCCACUUUAUUACAAGAUGGGAUUAUAAGCAUCAUCUAUAAAUACACAAGUCUUAUGUUACUUUGCCAUUUGUAUAAUAUUUGAACUACAUGAUACUUGAAAUGCUGCAUUCUUUUGCAAGAUGAUUUAUUAUUAACAGUUUGCCAGUUAUUUCUCUACUAUAUGGAUUUGAGGUCAUGCAAAAAGUCACAAGCAUUAAUCAUGAGUGUGCAUAUGAACGCGUCUAACCUGGACUAUGAAAUGUUUUACAAUUCAAGAAAUAAUAACAAUGUAAACAUAACUUGUGUUACUCAACAAUUUAGUGCUUCACAAAUAGAAACAUGUAAGUCACUGUUUUUUAUUUUAUUUUACUUUAUUUUAUUUUAUUUAGACAUGUACCUACAAGGAUUUUAUUUUGAGACUAUUUGUAAAUCUACCUUAGAUGGGCAGCAGUUAACACCUGGCAUCAGAAGGGAUGUGCCACUAGUGAUUUGUGCUUGGGUGUUUGUUAAGUUCCAGGAAGUGAAGACUGCUAAACCACAUCCUCCAGCUACACAACAAGAAUGUAGAUCUUAAAUGUGAGCACUUAGAACCUAAUAUAUGCUCUGUCAGCAUCUGUAACAAAUGUUCACUUGUGAUCUCAUCACAGAAAAGGAAUUUUAGCUCCACGUGUGAACACAUAUUAAAUGUCAGGGUUUCUAGUAGAUCUUGGAAGUUGGUAGUUACUCUUGCAUUUUCAAGAAAAGGAAACAACAGAAUUAAAAAAACAACAACACUGCAAUUGUAUCAAUGUUUUGACAAUAAUGUAUUAAGAGCACACGAGCAAUGUUUACCACAAAGGGCCAGCAAAUGCAAUUUGAUGCGUAACAGAACAAAUGUUUUAGAAUAAGAGCUGUGUUGAUAUUUAGAUAGUUUACACAAACUUUUGUGACUCAUUGAUAUACACGUCUGAUAAUAAAAUUGGAUAUAAUGCAA